GACUUGGCACUUGGCUUCGAGUUGGCGACUUUCGGUGUCUCUCUCUCAUCUAAUAUGCAACAUAUGUUUUCAUCCAUUGUAGGAUCUCUGGCCCACAGUGCUCUGGCCUUUACGAUUGUUUAUCUGAACUAUCUGAACGGUGUUCCACACCUCUGUACAAAAUGUCCGACCUCGUGAUGUUAUUAACCGGUGCUAUAUCCAUAAUGACUAUCGUACUCAUCGCCCUCCUCGUUUGGAGGGGACGUGCCUCAGACGACAAGCCCGCAGCGCAGCCCCGGGCGGUGCCCAUCAACCGGGCUGAGGGAGGACCGGCAGGUGUCCGACGACCCAGGCGCAAUGUCCGCAACCGGAUGGGCGCUGGUCGCCAGCAAGACAGCGAUGAGGACGAGGAAGAGCAGGCUCUGGAAGACCUCAUCGCCAUGCCUGAAGGAAAAAUUGGGGCCAAGAAGCGCAAGAAGCUUGAAAUGAAGGCUGAGAAGAGGCUACAGAGAGAAAGAGACCUGGAAGACCGCGAGGAGAUGAAACAGCGGCAAGCCGCGGAGGAGGCGCGCAAGCAACUGGACGAGCAGAAGAGGAAAGAAGAGGAAGCAGAGCGGGCGGCAGAGGAAGAGCGCCUGAAGAAGGAGCAGGAGCAGCGUGAGCUGGAGGAGUACUUGCGCAUGAAGGAGGCCUUCUCGGUCGAGGGAGAGGGUUUUGAUGCGGCCACCCAGGAGCAGGCACAGAACAAGCUGCAUGAGUUCAUAGAAUACAUUAAGACGGAGAAAGUGGUCAUUCUCGAGGAUUUGGCUGCGAAAUUCCAGCUGAAAACGCAGGACUGCAUUGAUCGUGUCCAAGCCCUCCUAGUGGACGAAACUCUGGUUGGUGUCAUCGACGACCGUGGCAAGUUCAUCUACAUAACAAGAAAAGAGCUAGAAGAUGUGGCGCAUUUUAUUCGUCAACGUGGAAGGGUCUCGAUCAGUGAACUUUUUGAAAACAGCAAUUCACUCAUCAACCUUACGCCGGCGGCCUGACCUUUUUAUCUUACUUGUUUUUAUAUGAUGAAAUAAAGGAGUACUGUUGAGGCCAGAAUUAA